GAAUUAUCUUUGGUUGAAUUGGAGAUAUAUUUGGUCACUUCAAAAAGAAAGUCUCACAUAUUAAUGAGUUAAAAAAGAAGAAAAGAGAGAGACAAAGAGAGGUAUGAAAAAAGAUUCAAAAGCUGUGAGAAAAAAGAGCGUUCUUUUUGGAAAACCAAAAAGCAGUUGAAACCUUGGAGAUCAAGAAGAAAACAGAACACCCAUUACCAUUAACUUUCAAAGGCUACACAAUUCACAACACAGGGCACCCUUUUUGCUUGUGCCUCCAAAUAUCUCUUUCUACAUGCAUACUUACAUCAAAGAAUGAAAAAGAACCUUCGUUUUGUGUUUAUUCUUCUUCUGCACUACGUUGCUGCUGCAGACCCUCCUGCUUCCUCUCCUCAACUUCCACCUCAUUUCUCUCCAGGGGAGGAGCAGCAUCACCUGCACAAGAAAAUGCUAGUAGCUAUUGUCGUAGCCACCAUUUCACUUGCUGCACUCAUUUUCGGUUUCUUAUGUUUCUGGAUUUAUCACACUAAGUGUCCAACAAAAUCCAAAACCAAAAAGGUUCAAACUCCUGGUCCAGAUGCAGAGAGGGGGAUCACCCUUGUACCUUUUCUGAGCAGAUUCAGUUCCAUCAAAAUUGUUGGUAUGAAGGAGUCUGUGCCGAUAGUUGAUUAUAAGCAAAUAGAAAAAAUGACCAAUAAUUUUCAGGAAAGUAACAUCUUGGGCGAGGGUGGUUUUGGAUGUGUUUACAAGGCUCGGUUGGAUCAUAAUCUGGAUGUUGCAGUAAAAAAACUACACUGUGAGACUCAACAUGCGGAAAGAGAAUUCGAGAACGAGGUGAAGUUGUUAAGCAAAAUUCAGCAUCCGAAUAUAAUCUCCUUACUGGGGUGUAGCGUCGAUGGUGACACGAGGUUUAUUGUUUAUGAGUUGAUGCAAAAUGGAUCAUUGGAAGCUCUUUUACAUGGACCUACUCAUGGCUCGGCAUUGACAUGGCACAUGAGGAUGAAGAUUGCUCUUGACACAGCAAGAGGACUGGAAUAUCUGCAUGAGCACUGCUACCCUGCAGUGAUCCACAGAGACAUGAAAUCUUCCAAUAUUCUCUUAGAUGCAAACUUCAAUGCCAAGCUGUCUGAUUUUGGUCUUGCCAUAACUGAUGGGUCCCAAAGCAAGAAGAACAUUAAACUAUCGGGUACGUUAGGAUAUGUAGCACCGGAGUAUCUUCUAGAUGGUAAAUUGAGUGAUAAAAGUGAUGUGUAUGCUUUUGGGGUUGUGCUAUUGGAGCUUCUAUUAGGAAGGAAGCCAGUAGAAAAACUGGCACCGACGCAAUGCCAGUCUAUUGUCACAUGGGCCAUGCCACAGCUCACAGACAGAGCCAAGCUUCCAAACAUUGUGGAUCCAGUGAUUAAGGACACAAUGGAUCAUAAACACUUGUACCAGGUUGCUGCUGUAGCUGUGCUAUGCGUGCAACCAGAGCCUAGUUAUCGCCCUCUCAUCACAGAUGUUCUUCACUCACUUAUCCCUCUUGUUCCCAUUGAGCUCGGAGGAACACUGAGAGUUUCGCAAGUGAGGCAGCAUACCUCUCUUGCUGUGAAUUCCCGUCAUUGAUAGUACCUAUCAGUUUUAUAACAGUGAAAAUGAAUGCUUCCAACACAUAUAGUUUUACCAAAUACAUCAAAUUACAGAUAGUAGUCCACGACAAAGUACAAGAACAUUCAUUUGGGAAGGGGAAAAAAACAUUAGAUUGUUCAUAACAGAUGUAAAGAAGAAAUUUUUAUUUUUACUUUCUUUUGGGUAGAGAUGGAUUGUGUACAGAGCAUUUAAUUUGUAUAAAUUUGAAUAUGUUGUCUUCAAUUCCA